UUGGCAGUCUGCAGUCACAGCUGUUAUCCUACCAUCACGUCAGCCUGAGGCAGGAGCUGGCAGGAGCAUGAGGUGGAUUCUGGGUUUGAGUCUCACCCUGUGCCUGGUGGUACAGACAGCCCUAGGUGCCUUGUACACCAAGAAGCCUCUAGUGGUCACCAAAUAUGGGACCCUCCAAGGAAAGCAGAUACUUGUGGGGAAGACGUCCCUCCAUGUCUUCCUCGGAGUCCCCUUCUCCAGACCUCCUGUGGGUUCCCGUAGGUUUGCUCCUCCACAGCCCCCGAAGCCCUGGAAAGGAAUCAAAGAUGCCACUAACUACCCACCUGCGUGCCUUCAGGAGUCCUGGGGACAGAUAACUUCCAUGUACUUAAACACGGGGAAACAAUACAAGUGGCUGCGCUUCAGCGAGGAUUGCCUGUACCUGAACGUGUACGCCCCAGUUCACGCACAUGGGGACCCUCUACUGCCGGUGAUGGUCUGGUUCCCGGGAGGCGCCUUCCUUGUUGGCUCGGCUUCCACUUACGAGGGCUCUGAAUUAGCAGCCCGUGAGAAAGUGGUGCUGGUGUUUCUGCAGCACAGGCUGGGCAUCCUGGGCUUCCUAAGCACCAGUGACAACCAGGCCCGAGGCAACUGGGCGCUGCUGGAUCAGAUUGAGGCUCUACGCUGGGUUCAGGAGAACAUUGAGGCCUUUGGUGGAGACCCAAACAGCGUGACCUUGUUCGGGCAGUCGUCGGGGGCCAUGUGCAUUUCAGGACUGAUGUUGUCACCCCUAGCCCAGGGUCUCUUUCAUCGGGCCAUUUCCCAGAGUGGCACUGUGCUAUUCAAAGUCUUCAUCACUCGUGACCCAUUGAAGGUGGCCAAGGAGGUUGCUCACCUGGCUGGCUGCAACCACAACAGCACAAGGAUCAUAAUAGAGUGUCUAAGGUCUCUAUCAGGGGCCCAGAUGAUGCGUGUGUCCAGGAAGAUGAAUUUUUUCCACAUGAACUUCCAGAAACAACCUCAAGAGAUUAUAUGGUUCCUGAGCCCUGUGGUGGACGGUGUGGUGUUCCCAGAUGACCCUGUGGUGCUUCUGACCCAGGGACAGGUUUCACCUGUACCCUAUCUUCUAGGUGUCAACAAUCUGGAGUUCAGUUGGCUCUUGCCUUAUAUCAUGAAAUUCCCACUAAACCGGUAUUCAUCGAAGAAAGAAGUUCUCACUAGGCUGCUCUGGAUUACCAGCACCCUGUUGAAUGUCACUAAGGAGCAGAUACCACUUGUGGUGGAGGAGUACCUGAACGACACCCCUAAGCAUGACUGGAAGGUGUUCCGAAACCAUGUGAUGGACCUAGCUGGAGAUGCCACCUUUGUGUACACCACGCUGCAAGCAGCCCGUUACUACCGAGAUGCUAGCUUCCCUGUUUACCUGUAUGAGUUUGAGCACCACGCUCCCUCAGGCAUAAUUGUCAAACCUCGCAAUGAUGGGGCAGACCACGGGGACGAGAUCCGCUUCAUCUUUGGGAGCCCAUUCUCCAAAGGCUCAUUCACAGAUGGAGAGAAGGCACUCAGCCUCCGGAUGAUGAAAUAUUGGGCCAACUUUGCCCGCACUGGGAACCCCAAUGAUGGGAAGUUGCCCUACUGGCCGCGCUAUGACAAAGAUGAAAAGUAUCUGCAGCUGAACCUUACCACAGGAGUGGGUGUGAAGCUCAAGGACAAGAAGAUGGCCUUCUGGAGGAGACUGCGCCAGUCUCAGAGACCCGAGAAGCAGAAGCAAUUCUGAGAGUGACCAUAUGGGAGGAAGCCAAAGGGCUUGUCCUAUCACCUAGGCCUCUGGGAGAAUGGCCAUGGGUACACCUAGGGACAAGAGUCCUGCCCACUCAAUCUAGGAUCUACCACAGCUCCCUACUGCCUCCAGGCCAGAGUUGGAGACUUAGCCUCUUAUUUGGGGCUCUGCACCACCCUGUGCAGCCUAACAUCCCAUGAUGCCAUGACGGUGCCCCACAGCCUCAGGACAACCUCUUCUCUCCCUUCUCUAAGUACUCCCACCCUUCAAGAUCUACUUGAAGCCACUUAUAGGAAGUUCAUGCAGACUGCCAUAGCCUGUCAUUGCAUCCCACUUGUCACUUAUCAUUCAUCCUGCUCAACUUCAUGCCUGUUCCCACUGGUCUGGAAGCCCUAGGCAGGUUAUUUGUGACACACAGCAAAGCUCUGUCGGCUUGAGAUCUUCUCCCCUACCCACACUCAUUUCUCCCAGGGCCCCUCCAAAACCUGCA